UGUAAAUUUUGAGCAGCUUCCAUUGCGAUUAUGCCAACUGAAAAAUGCACCUUCAUAAUAAUUUCAGUAAUGAGUCCAUAAACAUCUUCCUGUUUACCAUAACCACACUUGUUAGCAUUGGUUGCACAAUGGCUAAAUGCCAGUGAGAGGAUAGAAUCUUUACAUUGGUCACAGAUAUGUAUUAUAGAUUUAUCUAAAUCUAUCUAGAAAUCACAAUUUAACUGUUUAAAAUGUAAGUAAUUUACACAGGGGCUUAAUGAAUGCAACAGAAUGUUCUUAGUCUAAAAUCAUUACAGCACCCGAUUGGUUUUUCAGAAGGGGAAAUGAAAUGCAGACAUUGAAGCAACUGAAAGAAAUUCACUAGAGAAACUCAGAUCUGCUGGAGACAACAGUGUGAGGUGGCAGAGCAGCUUAUAUACAGUAGUGCUCAGAAAUACUGCUACUGUUGAUUCUUGCUGGAGUCGGCGGUUGAGGACCCGAUGUCUUGUCAGGACAGAGGCCUGAGGACUUGCCAUUUCAGUCCUGCACCAACAGAAGGUCCACAGAAGAGUGUAAAAUGAAUUUGAAUUUGACAAAUGCUUCCAUACUCCAGAAUGUGUCUUCAGCGAAAUGUGUGCGUGACACCAGCAUCACAAAAGUCAUAUUUCCAUGCCUGUACAUGUUGCUGGCCAUUGCCUCCAUUUUCCUCAACAGUCUGAUGGCAUGGAUCUUCUUCAAAAUCCCAAGUAAAUCAACAUUUAUUGUUUACCUUAAGAAUGUGAUGGUGGCUGAUUUAAUCAUGACUGUGACUAUUAUAAUUAAAGCAGUGAGUGAUGCUGAACUUGGUCAGUAUUACCUGAAAGCUUUUGUCUGCCGCUACAGUGCUGUUUUGUUCUACAUGAUGAUGUAUGUCAGCAUCAUUCUCUUAGGCCUAAUCAGCCUGGAUCGGUUUCUGAAAAUUGUGAGGCCCUUUGGAAGAUCCUUCAUCCGCAAAGCAACAUUUGGAAAAUAUUUCACCAUUACUCUGUGGGCUUUAAUGUUCUUUAUAACAGCUUUACCCAACAUGGUUUUCACCAAUAAAAAACCAACACCUUUCUUAGCAAGAAAAUGCAGCUUGUUAAAAGGGCAAUUUGGCCUGCAAUGGCAUGAGGCUAUCAACUAUAUUUGCCAAGUUAUUUUCUGGACAGUUUUUGGUUUGAUGACUGUGUGUUACACAUUAAUCAGCAAGAAAGUAUAUGACUCAUAUCGAAAUAGCCAAGGCACUAAUAAGAAUGCCACAGUGCUUGUUAAAUUACGUGUGUUUGUUGUGGUGGCUGUGUUCUUCAUCUGCUUUGCCCCAUUUCAUUUUAAUAGAAUACCUUACACACUGAGCCAGACAGGGAAAGUGUCAAACUGCCACAUGCAGAAUAGCUUGUAUAUAACAAAGGAAACUACUCUAUGGCUUUCUGCAACUAAUGUCUGUUUGGAUCCAAUUAUGUAUGUGCUCUUGUGUAAAUCGUUCCAGAAGAAGGUACCUGAUGCAAUACGAAAAGUGUGCAGAUGUCUUCCUUUUCAACCACCAGAGUCAUCAUUUACAGAAGAUGUUGAAGCAACAACAGUUUAAACAUUUCAAAAUACUUGUGAAAUGUUUUAGGAUAUGGCUCACAUGACUGGCUUAUUAAUUCAAUAUAAAAUUUUAGCAUUUAUAUAAACAUAAUUCCUGACAUUAAAUAAGCAAAGAAAUGUCAAGUGUGUAUGUAUAUAUUUGACCUUUUAAAAGGGAAGAAGUAAUCUACAAUACCAGGAAAACCUGUGAUUACUGUACUUUGAAUUAUAGAUCUUUAAGUUACAGUGUAUCAGGUGACUGAAAAAAUCCUGCGACUUCAGUGUUCAAUGUAUUUUGUUGAGCAUCAUUGAUUUAUGUAUUAGAAGUGGACCUUGUGCAGGGCUGUUUUCUGGUGAUGAUGGAAUGGCUCUUCUGUACUCAAGCAACCCUGAAUAAGUCUGUAGUAAGUGUGUUACAGAAUAUGAAGUUAAUAUGGAAGAACUCUCUACAUUUUAAAUUUUAUCCUCCUUGAACAAGGCUAUCGUCACAGACAAUGUCAAUGACCACUAUUAGAUGAGUGGCGGCAUUCUGAUGUUGGUCGGACACCCCAUGUUCUGGCAAUACAAAUGCAAUAUGCAUUCAAAAUCAUAUAAAGUCAUUUCUCAUUUAAACUUAAGACUAUUUCACCACAACAAAAUUGAUAGUAAACAUAUUGGCAUAUGUCACAGAAGUUCAGGUCCAGCCAUUCCAAUGCUUGGCAGCGAUCAACGAUACUCAUGUCAAGACUUAUUCAGACUGGAUGCUAGCAUUCACUCUCUCUUGAAAACUAAAAUUUGUGUUUACUUAAAUUAAAAGGGGAUUGCACUAUGAAAUUCUUAAAAAGUCUCUAAAUUUGCUGGUGCAUAUGUAAAUGUAUAUGUUGUAGGUUUGUAUUAAAAUGUACCUAUGCAUACAUUCACUGGAUUCAAUACAAUUUACUAUGGCUCUAGAUAAUGUUGCAGCAGCAUUGGUGAAAAUUUUAUGAACUUGGUCCUGAUCAUAUAGAUCAGAGCAGUUUAAAAUAGCAGUGUGUCUUUAAAAUAGUGAAAAGAAUAAAGCAUCAUCACAGGAAAUCCAUUCUAGUGAAUAAAAUGAAAAAUUGUUAAACC